AUGGACCACUUUGAUAAGCAGCUGCGCGAGGACCGUCUCGCACACCUUCCUCCUGCCAUGCUCCCCAGACAGCCACCGCCGUUGGACCAGAACGGAAAGAUGGUCGUGUCGCGCGCACGAGUCUCUAUAGGCCUGCUUCUGCACGACUCCAUAGGCCAAGGCCAGGAAUGGGCCUUCAACGCCAACGCAAUGCAAUGCAAUGCAACUCAAAAUGGCGAUAUUGGUGGGCAGAUUGAUGAAAUUGGGGGGUCUUCAGCCAAUCGCAAGCCCUGA